AUGGGUCUUCGCGCACGUGAUGCGCGACUUUUUGCUUUUCGUCACUAUUCACCACUCUGGCACCACAUGAGCUGGCCACACACUGUCGUCGCACAGCACCCCGCCAAUUCCACGUCUCUCCCAGAGCUCCCGCGCUCGCAGACACCCACCGUCGCAGAACUGGGCCCGACAACCGGAAAGCCCACUCAGAAAAUCCAUAUGUGUCACUUUGUACGUGCGCGUCACGGCUUCAUACAGCAGAGUUUCCCGGCGUCAGGGCCCCGGGCUCUCCUUUGGCUUUCCGACCAGAACGUUCCAGCUUCGGCAUCCUGCAUCUGGCGGGCGUGUGCUGUCGUGGAAGUCGCCGUCGCGGUCGCCGUCGCGGUCGCCUCCGCUUACUUAAUUUUUCAGCACAAACCACGGCUAGCUCGAUGCUCAACACCCGGGUUGGACCCGCCUCCCGGCUGUCACUACUACAGUGGGACGAGCGUGGUCGUUAACGGCUCACUCUACACUCGCUGGAGGAAUUUUCCUGGUGCUCGACAGUGUGUCACUUUUCACGCACACAGAAGUCUAAGGCAAAGAGUCUUGCAUGCACUUUAG